AACCAGCCCAUUAAAAAGGGAGAUAUGCUGAAGAUCAUCCACAAGUGGUUCAAGAAGGACUUCCCUGAGAUCCUCAAGAUAGCCUCUGCGCGCAUGGAUAUAUUCUUUGGCUUGGAAUUGAAAGAAGUUGAUCCCAAUGGUAAUACCUACACCCUUGUCGUCAGUCAAGAUAAGAGUCUGAGCAUCGGCUUCAGAUUUCCUAACAAAGGGCUUCUGAUGCCUAUUCUGGGUUUUAUCUUAUUGAAUGGCAACCGUGCCUCUGAGGCAGACACCUGGGUAUUCCUGAAUAUUUUGGGUAUCUUUGAUGGAAAGAGUCACUUAAUAUUUGGGGAGCCCAGGAAGGUUAUCAACCAAGUUUUGGUGCAGGAAAAAUACCUGGUGUACCAGCCAGUGCCCAACAGUCAUCCUCCACGCUAUGAGUUCCUGUGGG